AGCAGUGGGGACUGGCCGAUAAGGGAUAGGCAUCCGACGGAUUGGUGCUGCGUUCAACAGUGAACUCAAUGGCGCUGGAAUACGUUCCUGCUCUCCGCCAUUUCCUACGUCGUGUGUGCUGGUUCUCUCGCUCCCCUCCACUACGCCCAGCUAUGCCUCUACGCUCAAACCCCUCGUUUUGUUCUAAAUGCCUCCUUUCCUCUAAAUCCACAAGUCCUACCUCCGAAGUUUUUAAAUCCCGUGCCACUUCCAAAGAGAAUUAUACGUUCUUUCUGAAGAAAGAUGAGCGCCUGGCGGAGCCUGUUGGUGCUGCUCAUGAGCUUGGCCGUGUUCAGAAUACGAGCACAAUUGCAGCCAUCGUCACAUCCUUGGGGGCCCCCCCUGGUGCUGUGGGAAUUGUUCGACUUUCGGGGCCUUCUGCUGUGGCUAUCGCUAGUCGAGUAUUUCGACCUUCCAGGAAAAGGAAGAGGACGUGGCAACCCAUUAGCCAUGUUGUGGAGUAUGGUAUGGUGCUCGAUGCAGAUGGGAAUGUAAUUGAUGAGGUUUUAGUAGUACCCAUGUUAGCCCCGAGGUCUUACACUCGGGAAGACGUGAUUGAGCUUCAAUGUCAUGGAAGUGAGGUGUGUCUACGCCGUGUAUUGAGAACUUGUCUGGAAGCUGGAGCAAGACUUGCCCAACCAGGUGAAUUUACUCUACGUGCUUUUCUAAAUGGUCGGUUAGAUCUUUCACAAGCUGAAAAUGUUGAAAGGCUAAUAACAGCCAAAUCUGUUGCUGCUGCUGACGCAGCACUGGCUGGAAUCCAGGGGGGUUUCUCUUCUCUUGUCAGGUCACUGAGAAUACAGUGCAUUGAGCUGCUUACAGAGAUUGAAGCUCGUUUAGAUUUUGAUGAUGAGAUGCCACCUCUAGAUUUAAAUUUAUUAAUGGAUAAAAUACAUUCUAUGUCGCAAGACGUACGGGAUGCAUUGGAGACGGCCAAUUAUGACAAGCUUCUUCAGUCUGGAUUACAGAUAGCAAUUGUUGGCCGUCCAAAUGUUGGCAAGUCAAGCCUUCUUAAUGCAUGGAGCAAAAGCGAGAGGGCUAUAGUUACUGAAAUUGCUGGAACCACCCGGGAUGUGAUUGAAGCAAGUGUCACCAUCAAUGGUAUUCCUAUAACCUUGCUUGAUACUGCAGGAAUCAGGGAUACUCAUGACAUUGUGGAAAAGAUUGGCGUAGAGAGAUCUGAAGCAGUUGCUAUGGGAGCUGAUUUGAUUAUCAUGACUGUCAGUGCUGUUGAAGGGUGGACUUUGGAAGACACCAAACUUCUAGAAAGGAUUCAAUCUACUAAGAGAUCAACGGGAUCUUCCACCCCUGCAAUUCUUGUGGUCAACAAGAUAGAUUGUGCUGCUGGUGUUGAGAUUGGAUGGGCCAAAGUGUGUUCCAAUUUUUUUGGCAAACAUGUGUUCACAUGUGCUGUCACUGGUGAAGGAUUACACGAAUUAGAGAGGGCUGUAUUAGAUAUAAUGGGUCUGAACAGCAUUCCCACUGGGGGACGUAAAUGGACGGCCAAUCAGAGACAAUGUGAACAACUUGUUCGGACGAGGGAAGCUUUUGAAAGACUAAAAGCCUCGAUAGACGAGAAACUACCUAUGGAUUUUUGGACAAUUGAUUUAAGAGAUGCAGCAUUGGCGCUUGGGCUCAUCAGUGGAGAUGAUAUAUCGGAAGAGGUUUUAUCUAAUAUAUUUGGCAAGUUCUGCAUUGGUAAAUAGAAGUCUUAGAAUAUGUGAUCGGUUAAUCCUGUUAGCUUUUUUCGGAUUCGUCUUUUGGAUCAUAUGAAAAUUUUAUCUGGGCCACUUACUAAAUUGAUUUAAUUCAACUGACAAUGGCCUAGUGCCACAAGGGCACAUGCACCUCCCUCGAAAGAGGAAGAUUGCAAGUUCUGCCUUUGGUGGGUACGCUCUGUGACUGUGGGCUUGUGGUUUGUGUGUUCCCUUCUCUGAGGGAGGGUGUGUUUAAAUUGUCCCUUAAAAAAUGAUUUAAUUCAACCUGAGAUAUAACUCCAUUGAAUGAUUAUUUGAA